AUAAGACAGACACGCUCUAGUGGAAAUAUCGAUGUUAAAAAAAGAAAAUAGGAAAUAAAUAGAAAACCACAGCUGUUAAUAUAAGUAGAUACCUACGAUUAUAGUAUAAUACAUGAGGAUAAAGUGCAAAAUAAGAAAAUGUCAGUGAUUGAGGACUGAGAGGAUAUAGUGCCCGAGUAUACCUUGGGCGUUAACAGGGUUCAUAAAAGGAUAACAAUGAUUGAGGAGGUAAAGAAAGAUGCGCCCGGGUUUUCUCUGCAACUUCGUCUGCUGCUGUGGAAAAAUUUUACUACUAAAAAGAGACAUCCGAUUAUUUUUCUGUUGGAAAUUUUGAUACCACUAACGUUGUUUAUUGUACUUGUAUGUAUUAGACGGACACAAGUAGCAUACCCAAUAUCAGCAGAGUUUUACUCACCAAAGCCACUUCCCUCCGCGGGCAUCAUUCCAGUUUUACAGGCGUUUUGUGGAGAGGAUGCACACGUUUAUGAGAAAAACAAUUCAAGACUGUUUACCUACCUGAACGAGCUAGAUGAAGUGUUGCAGCAAAAUGCUGGUAUCAUACAGAACUUACCAAGUGACUACAUAGAUCAGUUACUGUUGAAACUUCUACCUGACAAUGGUGUCCUGAAUUUAUCACAGAUUCUCCUUUUAACACAUGAGUUUCCUUUUAACUUGUUAAUAAGUGGUAUCUCGAGUUAUCUUCCACAUACAUUGGAUAUUGACAGUACUGGUAUUGGUAAAUUCUGUGAUGUUGAUGAAAGCUCCUCCUCACAAUCUCUGCCAGAGACAACAAAGAAACAUAAGAUGGAAAGUUUCAGUAUAAUCUGGAGAAAUAUUGAACCAUUUCUGUGUGAAACAGGAGAUAGUGUAAACAACAACAACAACAGUAGCAACACCAGUGAACCAGUCCUGCCUCAUAAUAGUAUAGAGACGAAGAAACUGCAGGAGAAGCUAGAGAUAUUGACCCACAUUAUCUACAACAAUCCCAAGAUCCUCUUUGCUCCAAAUAAUACUCUCGCUACUAAAAUUAUACAAAAGGUGAAUUCUACACUAGCUGUUUACAGUAAUAUAACAUACUAUGCUGAACAAUGGAGAAGUGUCUCAGGAAAUUUAAGUCAGCAGAUAGACAUGUUAAAGGAGGGACAACUAGAUGGUACAGACAAGGACCGUUUAUCCACACUAAGCCAUGUGUUUGCAGUCCUGGACAGCCUAUCAUGUGCCUGGCUAGACCUGAUGAAGGAUGUAGAUCUAGACAUAUUUACAGGAUUUAGCACUGAAUCCGAGCUGGAAUAUUACUUCCUAAAUCGACAGUACCAUGAUAAUGUCACUGUGCUUGCAGGUUUGGUGUUCGAGAACCUAGAUGACAACGCUGAGACCCUGCCGUCUCAUGUGCGCUAUAAGAUCAGACAGAAUGCUACAUUGAACCCAGCAACCAACCUGAUCAGACCCCCAUUCUGGUACCCGAGUCCCGGCUCCAACAAUUUACUCUAUUAUGAAUUUGGUUUUGUAUGGAUACAGGAUUUUGUUGAACAUGCUGUAAUAGACCUACAAGUUGGGAAGCCAGUAAACAGUCGUGGAACUUUCCUACACAGAAUGAACUAUCCCUGCUGGCUGUGGGACCAAUUUAUCUGGCUGAUACAGCAUGUUAUACCACUGUGUUUGAUGCUGUCCUGGGUGUAUUCUGUAGCUAUGCUGGUACAGAAGAUUGUUUAUGAGAAAGAGAAAAGGUUGAAAGAGGUAAUGAAGAUGAUGGGGUUAUCAGACGGUGUACACUGGUGGGCGUGGUUUAUUACAGCCGGGGUUCAGAUGACUGUCACUGUAAUCACACUGACAUUGAUGUUAUAUUUUGGACAUGUUCUGCCACACAGUAAUCCCGUACUGGUGUUUGUAUUCCUUGAACUAUUUGCACUGUCAUCUAUCGCUUUCUCGUUCCUGAUAAGCAGCAUGUAUUCCCGAGCAAAACUUGCCGCAGCUUGUGCUGGAAUAUUUUACUUCAUUACAUAUGUACCAUACAUGUAUAUUGCCAUAAGAGAGGACGUUACAGGGACUAGAAUACCUGCAUACAUUAAAACCAUUGCUGCAAUAUUUCCAACCUCUGCUCUAGGCCUUGGUGGGAAGUAUUUCUUAUUUUACGAGUUGGAGGGUUCUGGUGUACAGUGGGAGAAUCUACAUGUGUCGCCACGGGAACACGAUGCCUUUAGUCUCCAGAUUGUGUUCAUUAUGAUUGGAGUGGAUACUGUAGUUUACUUCAUUCUGGCCUGGUACAUAGAGAAUGUACAUCCAGGGAUGUAUGGUAUACCAAAGCCGUGGUAUUUUCCGUUGACAAGCUCAUACUGGUGUGGUGUGGCCCUGUGGGGAACAUGUAGUCUUAAAAGUCUUGUUGGUAUUAAUCCUAGGAGGCGUCGCUACUCACUUGUCAAUGAUGACUCAGAGAGUGAUAACAUCACUACAGACAAUGACUCGGGUAUAUAUUGGUGUGGUUGUAACACUGCCUGCCACUGUAGAUUUGAACCUGAACCACGUGGCCUGACCGUCGGUGUUACUGUGUCCAACUUGAGAAAGACAUACAGUUCAGGAGAUAAGCCAGCUCUUGAUGGACUGUCAAUGAAACUGUAUGAGAAUGAAAUAACUGCUUUCCUAGGACACAAUGGAGCUGGUAAAACUACCACCAUGUCAAUACUAACAGGAAUGUUCCCGCCCACUUCUGGUAAUGCCACCAUAUAUGGACAUGAUGUUAGAACAGAUAUGGACAGAAUAAGACAGGAUCUUGGAAUGUGUCCACAAUACAAUGUUCUCUUUGAAAGUUUAACCGUGGAGGAACAUCUUUGGUUUUAUUCUCGUCUGAAAGGUGUGUCAGCUAGAAAUAUCAAGGAAGACAUACCAGGAAUAUUAAAAGACCUGUGUCUGGAGGAGAAAGGAAGCUCGCGCCCAGGUGCUCUGUCUGGUGGCAUGCAGAGGAAGCUUUCCAUUGCUGUAGCGUUUGUUGGUGGAUCACGCACAGUCAUCCUUGAUGAGCCCACUGCUGGUGUGGAUCCAUACUCCCGCAGGGCCAUCUGGGACCUACUCACCAAAUAUAAGUCAGGAAGAACUAUCAUGGUUUCCACACAUCACCUGGAUGAGGCUGAGAUGCUGGGUGACAGGAUUUUAAUUAUAGCAGACGGAAGAUUGAAAUGUGCUGGUACCCCUUCUUAUCUCAAGUCUAGACUUGGUGAUGGUUACCGGCUCUGUAUUUUAAAAGAUGAAGAUGUACAACCCUGUGAGGACACAGGUGCUCUGAUACUGGACACAGUCAGAAAGAUCCUGCCAUCAGCAUAUAUGUCCGCCCAUGUCGACAAUGAAGUUCACAUCACAGUGCCGCUACAAAACGAUGAACGAAGAUUGUUUGUACCUUUAUUUAAACUUCUAGAAAGUAAGAAAUCAGAGCUGGGGAUUAAGAGUUAUGGAAUUUCUGACAGUGGACUCGAGCAGGUGUUUGUGAAAGUUACCAAAAGUAGUGAGGAGGAGAAGCUGUCAGACAGUGUAUACAUGCAGGCUGAUAGGCCAGGAAAUGAUGACUUCGCUGACACAGGGUCUGUAGAGAGUGAUUAUGUCCAGUUAAGAUCUAUAGAAGACAGAGCUGACAAUUUCAGCAGCAGUUCCUGGUACAUACAGUCAAACAGGACACAGUGCAAGUGGCUAAAUGACUUUAAAGCCGUCAUGUUGAAACGAUUAUACUACACAUUACGGAACAGAAAAGCAUUGCUCUCACAGAUUAUCCUACCAGCUGUGUUUGUUUCAAUAUCCAUGACAAUAGCGUUAACUGCACCAAAAAAUUCGGACCCGGAACCACUUGUAAUGUCCACUGCUCAAUAUUUUGAUCUCACAAAACCAAGAGGAAAUUUUAUUCCAUUUUCCAUUUAUACUCCAAAUGAGACGUCUAAACAUUCUGAUAUUUUUGAUAUAACUAAAUUUUCUAGAAAAUUAGCAGAAACUUUUUUUCUGCCAUCUGGAAUUGGUGCUUCUUGUGUGAUAAAAUCUAAUGAUACAAGUGGUUUUAGUGAAAACAAGUGGACUAAGGGUUGCUAUGACAACGGUUGUGAAAAUAUUUAUACAGCAAACAGUGUACAGACACAUGGUUGGAAAAGUUCUUCUGUAAAUCUUUCACCAAAUUCCCAUUUUUACCCAUCCUGCCAGUGUAAGUCUGACAAUGUAGGCUUUGCGUGUGAUGAAAGUAGUGAAGUUACUCCCCCUGAAUGGAGGUUGGUGACGGGAGAUAUCAUACAGAACAUUACAAGUGGCAGAAAUGAUGAGCAACAAUAUUUCAUCAAUACCAAUGAUAAAUAUAGGAGACACAGGUAUGGAGGUUUAACAUUUGGAACAAGGUUGCUGUAUGUACCUGGUACUUCAGGAAAGUCACCUGACUUUACAUGGCUGUACAACAUGUUAGCUACAAGGGACAAUAACAAGGUUUGGUUCAAUGAGAGAGGCCAUCACUCUAUGCCAGUCUAUUUGAACUCCAUGAACAAUGCUAUACUUAGAGCAAGCCUGCCUAGCUCACAGCUAGAUCCAGCUAAAUAUGGAAUAACUCUCAUAAAUCAUCCAAUGAAGAAAACAAACAACCUUCUGAACUCGGACUACAUUCAAGGAGGAACAGAUGUUCUGAUGGCAAUAUUUAUAAUAGUGGCAAUGUCAUUUGUGCCGGCAAGUUUUGUUGUGUUUCUCGUGCAUGAACGUGCUAUUAAAGCUAAACAUCUGCAGUUUGCCAGUGGACUUCACCCAAAUGUUUAUUGGCUGUGUAACUACCUCUGGGAUAUGUGCAAUUACCUGAUACCGGCAGUGUGUAUCCUGGGAAUACUACUCCUGUUCCAUAUAGAAAGUUACGUCGGCGACGGCAAUUUGGAAGCUGUCAUUGCGUUAUUCUUAUUAUAUGGUUGGUCAGUCACACCGAUGAUGUAUCCAGCCAGUUUUCUGUUCUCAGAGCCGAGUGUAGCAUAUAUCUGCCUGAUUGUGGUCAACCUGUUUACUGGUAUAACCUGUGUCGUCUCCAGUGUCAUGCUCAAACAGUUUGCAUUUGAUAAGGAUUUAUCACAAAUAAAUAGGAUAUUGAGCAAUAUAUUUUUGGUGUUUCCAAACUACUGUCUUGGUGAUGGUAUGAUGAGUAUAGCUAUGAACCAGUACAAGAAUGAAUACUACUCACAUAUAGGUGAGACAGACAAACUACAAGCUGCACUUAGCUGGGAUGUGACAGGGAAAAAACUCGUUGUCAUGGCAAUUACGGGUUUUGUGUCCUUCAUUUUCACCAUUCUAAUUGAAUAUAGAUUUUGUAUAGGAAACAGAACAAAACAGGAUGUAUCAGGCCCAGGUGAAGACUGUAUAGAUUCUGAUGUCCUAGAAGAAAGGGAGAAUACUCUAAGUGGGAGAUGUAGUAAUACGCUGUUGUCUGUGGAGAAACUUAGUAAAAUAUAUAAAACUCGAAAGCGAGGAAAAAUUCAGGCUGUUAGUGAGCUCAGCUUUUCUAUCCCAAAAGGAGAGUGUUUUGGUUUGCUUGGGGUGAAUGGUGCGGGAAAGACGACCACAUUCCGUAUGUUGACAGGAGAUCUUACACCAACCAGUGGUGAUGCUAAACUCCUCUCUCAAAGUGUUGUGAAAGGUGGGCGGAGUAUUCAGCAGUGUGUUGGUUACUGCCCACAAUUUGAUGCUGUAUUCAGUGAGCUCACACCUAGGGAACAUCUACAGCUGUAUGCUAGACUCAGGGGGAUACAUGUUAUGCACCAUAAAAAGGUGAUAGAGAGAAGUUUGAGGAUGUUAGGAUUAACACAGUACAGUAAGAAGCCUGCGGGAACACUGAGUGGAGGAAAUAAGAGGAAACUAUCCACUGCUAUUGCUCUCAUAGGAAACCCUUCACUCAUACUAAUGGAUGAGCCUACAUCAGGGAUGGACCCAUAUUCUCGGCGAUUUCUCUGGGAUGUAAUUCAGAGACUUGUCCAGACUGGUACAUCUGUCGUCUUCUCCUCUCAUAGUAUGGAAGAGUGUGAAACAUUGUGUUCUAGACUGUCCAUUAUGGCUAAAGGUCAGCUGAAGUGUAUUGGUAGUGUUCAGCAUCUUAAGGACAAGUAUGGAGAUGGUUACACACUGACAGUCGUCCUAGAUUCAGGACAAAAUACUCAGCCUGUACAGAACUAUAUUUUAACCAACAUUACUGACUCCAAGCUGAAGUAUAAAGGGCACAGGAACCUUGUGUUUGACAUGAAAAUUUCUUGCUCAGAUCUGGCGGAUAUAUACAAAAUGCUGGAAGACAUGCCAGGACAUGUUGGUGUUGUGGACUAUAGUGUCAACCAAAACUCUCUGGAUAAUGUGUUCAUAAAUUUUGCUAUGGAUGAACAAGGGAAGGUGAAGCAUGAAGCAUCAGAUGAAGGACAGCUGCAGGAUUCUGGUUAUAUACAUGAUGACGAUGAUGAUGAACCUUUGAUAGAACUCCAUCCACGACCUAGCCUGUCCCUGGAUAAUGCUCUGUUACAUGUUUGAUUAGAAUAAUCUAGUCUGUUAACCUUCUCAGAAAACAUGGCUGCUUAUAAUUGCAGCACUGAUGCAUUUUGCAUUUUAUGUAGCAUGUAAUAGAUUGUUAUACCCAUUUGACAGUGGUUUUGGUGAAACUUUUCAGUUAAAAUCUUCUUUCAAUUGUUUUUAUAAAAAAAAUAUAGAUUUUCAUGUUACAAGAUUUUGUAUGUUUCAUCUAUAAUACAAAGGCAUUGUUGUACUCAAAGUCAGGUAUUAUAAAAAUCACAAAGGUUUCUUAUUAAAAAAAUGCAGAAAAGUGAGCUUUUCAACGAAAAAGCAUCCUUUUUAAACUAACUUGAAAUAGAAAUAUAUUGUGUGCUAUUACUGUGAUAUAGGUGUGCUUAUAUUGUGGUUGUCUUCAUACAUUUCUCAUAUGGGUCUCCUUCACAGAAACCUGCUCAUUUAUGCAAGUUGUUCUUGUAGAAAUUAAAUUGAUCUUAGAAAGUGUAAUUUCAGAAACACAUUCAUUUUAUUUUCAUAUCUUCAUAGUAUUUUUAUUUAUGUCUGCCAAGUCAUGACAAUUUUACAGAUCAUAUAUAAACAUGUCAGUUGACCUGAUGUGUAGUUUGUUACAAAAGAGGUUUAGUUCUAUUUUCUGAUUAUUGAAAAGCAUGUGAGUAACAUAAUGUUGCAGUGUUUGUUAGUGAGUUAUUUUGCAUGUUGCAGUUUACUAAUGAUAAGCAACUCUAGUCUAUACAAUGUUUCGGCUUUAUUCAUCUUUAUCAAUAAUAAAUCUUCUGAGAUAUGUAGUAAAUAUGGUCAAAAUCUGAUAUUUAUUAUUAUUAUUAUUAUACCAGAUUUAUAUAGCGCCCUUUUCAUGAUUAACACGUUCAAUGGUGCUUUACAUAUAGCAAACGCAGCCACACUCGGGGCGCGAAAUUCAUCCUCUGCUAGUACAGGCACAGAGCGAUCUGACCAGAGAGGCAGAGUGAGAUAAAGCCCCCAGAACAGACAGAGAACAGAGAGAGAUACAGGCCUGUCCGGCUAACUUAGGCUAGCUUUUUGCGAAUAGACAGUCUGGUUCUUUAACAAGCCCGAUGAAUAGCACUGAUACAUGCGAAGCCAUAUUUCCUGGGAAGAACCAGAACAGGCCUCUUAGUCAGGUGGGAGACACUAAAGACAUCUACGAUGACAAAAGUGGAAAAGUUGCAUAGACUACCGGUAGAGUUGCUUAUCAUUAAUUGAUAUCAUCUAUCCCUUUGGUUUUUACAUACUUACAUGUUGUAAUUUAGUCAAAUCAAAAUUUUUUCCACGUUUUUUUGUUGAGAUGCCACAUUUGUUUUAAUAUUUGCCUUUGGGUUGAUGGUAUAGCUUUUACAUACAUGUAUUGUUGUAUUUUAUUUUAAAUUCUUGUAAAAUAAAAUUCCCUUUAAUUGUUCCCUCUUUGCAAUACAGACAGUUUUCAUGAUCCAAAUAUAUAAUUUACCUAUUUCAGUAUGAAACUUCCACAUAACAAUCUGACCAGCUUGAAAAUAUUCUAGACAGAGUAAUGAAUUUUAAAAGAUGGUAAAAAGGGUAAUCUUAAGUUUGACUUUAAUUAUAUAAUUUCAGUCAUUUAAGGAUCUCGGCCACUUUUUUGUGUGUGUAAAAGUUACAAAUAUUCAGAUGAAUGUUUUGCUUUUAUUCAACAUGAGAAAAGUUGUUUAUAAUAAUACUGAGGGUGCAGAUAAUGAAUUUUCAGUGAUAUACCAACAAGAUCGUAAAUGAAGUAAGACAUUAAUCCAGCUCUAAAUGAUAACCAUUUUCAGCCUAAAUCAUGUAAAACAUUUUGAGUAGUUUAUAUUGAUAAAAUAUAAGAUGGGAUCAGUAUGUAAAAAAGAGUGUGAAAAUACACUGUAUCUGUUUAACAGCAAUGUUCAUAUGAAAAAAAAAUAUUUUGUAGCUCAUAUAAUUACUGUACCAGUUAUUGAUUAUUGAUCAACUAUAUGUAUAUGGUUUGAAGAAAAAACACAUUAACAAAACAACUGGUCCCUGAGCUUGUCUGAUAUUUAGAGGUACCAUUCACUGUAUAUAACGUUUUUAAUUGAUGCCGUCCAACUUAUUUAUAUUUGUGAUACCAAAAGAGCCUUGUUCUUGUAAAGAAAUCUAAUUUCACUGAUAAACUUCAUUUUUUUAUGGGGAAAUAGUGAAUUGCAGUAUCCUGUGAUAUUGAAUAUUUUAUCUGUUACCAUGGUGGGCUUUAUAUACAAGUUAGUAUAAGAUACUUCAUUUACCACCACUUACAACUGGAUGAUUAAAUUUUUGAAAAAUGGUUGAUUAAGUUUUUGGAGUCUAUAGAUCAUAUUGUCAGAUGUUCACCUUAACUUUUUGUAAAUGCAUUGAAUAGCUUGUUGAAAUGUUGAUUAUAAUAAUAUUUAAAUAUUUAUAUUGUUAACUGUUAUAUAUCACAUUGUUCAUGUACAGGUGUUUUAGUAUAUAUAAAUAUGCAGAUAUUGCUAAGUUUUUGCAGAUAAAUCUUUAAAUGCAGAAUGAUACUGAAAGUUAAAAAUCAUGACAUUGUUGUUUGAUAGUGAAUGUUACAUAGAUUUAAACAUACCUUUAAAAAUAUGGAAUGAAAUAUAUGAUUUACCGGUAUAUAUUAUAAGUGCACAAAGUCAUUUAAACAUCAAAGACACACAGAACCUUAACCUUUAUCAUGCUGGACAUGACUGAUUCUGCCUUUGCGACCAGUGUAGAUCUUGAUCGGCCUGCACAUCCAUACAGUCUGAUCAAGAUAUGCACAGUUCGCUAUUAAGGCAGUAUCCCUAUUAACAGUCAAUGGUACUGUCCAAAUUAAAAGAUGAACAAGUUCAUUAUAUAAAUUUAACAGGGUAAGUGUGUGUGUGUGUUCAGGUUUAAUGUCUUUGUCAACAAUUUUUUAGCAGGGUAAGGGUUAAUCUAUGAAAUGUAUUGUAAUUGUAUCAUUAUUUCAUUUGAUCAGUACUCAUUUAAUUAUGUGGGCACGAAAUUUUGUGGUUUUGGUUAAAAUGGCACUUUUGUGGGGAUAUGAAUUUGUGGAUUUCAACUUUUGAACAUAAAAUGAAUGUGAAUUUUUCCAGUUCAUUGGGAUUAAAUUUCGUGCAUUGACUCAACCACGAAAUCCACGAAUAUUAAUGGUUUCACAGUAUAUUAAUUUAUUUUAUCACAUGUCUGAUGUCGGGGCAAUGAAAUAAAGCCAUUCCAUAAAAUUGAUUAUUCACUAAUGUAAUAAAGCUUUGACAUCGAUGUUUAAAGUAUAGGUAACAUUGGUCAAAUUGACUUGUUUUAUAGUGGUUUAAGAAAUUAGAAUUUUUUAUGUUUUGGCAGGAAAAGCUAAACAUAGAUAAAAAGAAUAUUAAAUUUGUGACUUUCCACAUUGAAUUUAUUAAACUUAUUGAAUAAAAUUGAUAAAAUGCUCAUGAGAGCCUCAAAUUUUAUUUUAUUCAACUCAUUUAAUAAAUUCAGUAUGAAAAGACACUCCUGUAAUAUCCUCUAUGUAAUGCAUUCAGGUAUAUUUCUCACUUCCAUUUUUAGCUCACCUGAGCACGAAGUGCUCAAAGGUGAGCUUUUGUGAUCGCCCUGUGUCCGUCGUCGUCCAUCCAUCGUCAACAAUUUGACUGUUAACACUCUAGAGGUCACAUUUUUGGCCCAAUCUUAAUGAAACUUGGUCAGAAUGUUACCUCCAGUAAAAUCUUGGACGAGUUUGAUAUUGGAUCAUCUGGGGUCAAAAACUAGGUCACCAGGUCAAAUCAAAGGAAAAGCUUGUUAACAGUCUAGAGGUCACAAUUUUGGCCCGAUCUUAAUGAAACUUGGUCAUAAUGUUAUCCUCAAAUAAAUCUUGGACGAGUUUGAUAUUGGGUCAUCUGGGGUCAAAAACUAGGUCACCAGGUCAAAUCAGAGGAAAAGCUUGUUAACACUGUAGAGGCCACAUUUAUGACUGUAUCUUCAUGAAACUUGACCAGAAUGUUAAUCUUGAUGAUCUCAAGUUCCAGUUUGAAUCUGGGUCAUGUAGGAUAAAAAACUAGGUCACCAGGUCAAAUCAAAGGAAAAGCUAGUUUACACUGUAGAGGCCACAUUUAUGACCAUAUCUUAAUGAAACUUGGUCAAAAUGUUAAUCUUGAUGAUCUAUAGGUCAGGUUCAAAUCUGGGUCAGAUGGGGUCAAAAAUUAGGUCACUAGGUCAGAUCAAAGGAAAAGCUUGUUAACACUCUAGAGGCCAAAUUUAUGACUGUAUCUUCAUGAAACUUAGUCAGAAUGUUAAACUUGGUGAUCUUUAGGUCAAGGUGAAUCUGGGUCAUGUUGGGUCAAAAACUAGGUCACCAGGUCAGAUCUAAGGAAACGCUAGUUAAGACUUCAGAGGCCACAUUUAUGCCAUAUCUUAAUGAAACUUGGUCAGAAUAUUAAUCUUGAUGAUCUUUAGGUCAGUAGGUCAGGUGAGUGAUACAGGGCCUUCAUGGCCCUCUUGUUUUACAACUCUCUAGAAAUCCUUGUGUGUAAGUGUUCAUAUUGUUCAGUAGAUCACCAACAAUGUUCCUAUGGUUACAUUUUCCAAUCAUUAAUUUUAUAACAGAUCCUUCUUCUUUAUCAUUUUAGCAUACUGUUCAUGCAUUUUUCAAUGGAAUUGUUUCAAAAAGUGCAGUUGCUCACCUGACUUUAUUUAAAUUGUCUUUCAUUUCUACGUACAACCUGUGCUACAGAAUAAACAGUGUGCUCAUAUAUUUUCUUUGCUCAUUUCUGUCAGUGAAUGAUUUAACCCAGUGUAUUGUUGUUUGCUAUUUUAGUGUAUUUUCAUGUACAUUAUUUGUGAUAGUGUUGGAAUUCCAGUUACAUUCCUCAAAUUAUUUAUUUAUUCAUAUAUUUAUUUAUUUUGUACCAUUUUAUUUUUUAUCAUUAUAAUCAUGUUUAGAAUUUUUAGAAGUGAUUUUCAAAUAAAUUUGAUAAAUUC